CCAAAUCCCAGAAAUCAUGGCAUCCCAGAAAAUUUCCGAGUCCGAUCAAGAACUCCUCCUCCGCAAACUCGACAUCUUCAAGAUCCGCGGCAAAGAUAAACGAGGCCACAAGAUUCUCCGUAUCAUCGGAAAAUUCUUCCCCGCUCGGUUUUUGAGCGUUGACGUUUUGAAGAAGUAUUUGGAGGAGCAUAUAUUUCCGAGGCUAGGAAAGAAGUCGUUCUCGGUGUUGUACGUCCACACAGGCGUUCAAAGGAGCGAGAACUUCCCCGGAAUCUCGGCCCUCCGAUCAAUCUACGAGGCUGUCCCCGUCGACGUCAAGGAUAAUCUCCAAGCCGUUUACUUCGUGCACCCCGGCCUCCAGGCUCGGCUCUUCCUUGCCACCUUCGGCCGCUUUCUCUUCACCGGAGGGCUGUACGGGAAGCUGAGGUACGUGAGCAGAGUUGAUUACCUGUGGGAGCACGUGAAGAGGAAGAAGAUAGAGAUGCCAGAAUUCGUGUACGAUCAUGAUGAAGACUUGGAGUACCGUCCGAUGAUGGACUAUGGAUUGGAGAGUGAUCACCCAAGGAUUGAUUCUUCACCUUCUCCGUCCGUUUCCAUCUACUCUAUGAGGUGCAUCUCAUAGGCAUACAUUUAUCUUAUUUACUUCCUCCGACUGCUGUAAAAAAUUCCUUCUUUCAUUUUCCCUUUGAGAUUGAUCUGUAAAUAGGUUUUUAGUUCUCAACACACACAAAAGAAGAGAUG